CUGUGCAUGUCAGGAAUCAACUGUAACAAGUCACAGAGUAGCCCACAUGUUGAAUGGGAAUUAGUUUUAAAUGUUACGGUAUAAACCUCGACAAAACUGUUUCCCCGAGAGCGAAACAAAACAUCUGGAGUAGUGAGUCUGGUAAUUCCAAACUGCGUUCAAAUACUCUGGGAAAUAAUUUCCAACACAGAACCUGUGCUUGAUGAAACUGAAAGAAAAGUCCUCCCCCGGGGUCAACCUGGCUCUCCACGCAGGCUAAAGCAACCUGGCUCUCCACGCAGGCUAAAGCAACCUGGCUCUCCACGCAGGCUAAAGCAACCUGGCUCUCCACGCAGGCUAAAGCAACCUGGCUCUCCACGCAGGCUAAAGCAACCUGGCUCUCCACGCAGCCUAAAGCAACCUGGCUCUCCAGGCAGGCUAAAGCAACCUGGCUCUCCACGCAGGCUAAAGCAACCUGGCUCUCCACGCAGGCUAAAGCAACCUGGCUCUCCAUGCAGGCUAAAGCAACCUGGCUCUCCACGCAGGCUAAAGCAACCUGGCUCUCCACGCAGGCUAAAGCAACCUGGCUCUCCACGCAGGCUAAAGCAACCUGGCUCUCCACGCAGGCUAAAGCAACCUGGCUCUCCACGCAGGCUAAAGCAACCUGGCUCUCCACGCAGGCUAAAGCAACCUGGCUCUCCACGCAGGCUAAAGCAACCUGGCUCUCCACGCAGGCUAAAGCAACCUGGCUCUCCACGCAGGCUAAAGCAACCUGGCUCUCCACGCAGGCUAAAGCAACCUGGCUCUCCACGCAGGUUAAAGCAACCUGGCUCUCCACGCAGGUUAAAGCAACCUGGCUCUCCACGCAGGCUAAAGCAACCUGGCUCUCCACGCAGGCUAAAGCAACCUGGCUCUCCACGCAGGCUAAAGCAACCUGGCUCUCCACGCAGGCUAAAGCAACCUGGCUCUCCACGCAGGCUAAAGCAACCUGGCUCUCCACGCAGGCUAAAGCAACCUGGCUCUCCACGCAGGCUAAAGCAACCUGGCUCUCCACGCAGGCUAAAGCAACCUGGCUCUCCACGCAGGCUAAAGCAACCUGGCUCUCCACGCAGGCUAAAGCAACCUGGCUCUCCACGCAGGCUAAAGCAACCUGGCUCUCCACGCAGGCUAAAGCAACCUGGCUCUCCACGCAGGCUAAAGCAACCUGGCUCUCCACGCAGGCUAAAGCAACCUGGCUCUCCACGCAGGCUAAAGCAAACGCUAAAAAUAUAUGAAGGAUUUGAAAUAACAUUUGAACCCAGGUCUGGUAAGAGGAGGUCAGGUGAUGCCAACCAGAAUUCCUGGCAUGUCUGAGGAGAACACGGUAUUCUAGGACCUCCUAACACUGGAUAUAGGCCCAUCCAGCAUCCCUAAAUAGCACCCUAUCCCCUAUAUAGUGCACUACUUUUUGGCUACACGCCCAUAGGGCUCUGUUUCACAGUAGUGCACUACGUAAGGAAUAGGGUGCCAUUUGGUACACAGCCGGGUUGCAGCAGCUAUGUGUAACUAGUACAUUUUUUUGUUGUUGUAAUGUGUUAGAGCUGGGUUCAAAUACUAUUUGACAUCUUUUGGAUACUUUCAGAGUGUGCUUUAGCUUGCCCGGAGUGCCAGGUGUCUAGGGGGACUUUUCUAUCGAUUCCAUUAGGACAGGCAAGUUCAAAUCAAGCACAGAUAAUGUAUUUGGAAUGAUUGUAAAUAGUAUUUGAACCCAGGGCUCGUAAUAUAGUAUGAGACAGCGUUUCUCAAACUCGGGUCCAGCGUACCCCAACGGGUGGACAUUGUUGUUUUUGGCUAGCUCUACACAGCUGAUUCAAAGAAUCAAGCUUGAUGAUGAGUUCAUCAUUUGAAUCAACUUUCUAGUGGUAGUGCAAAAAAAAAAAAGUGCACCCCUUGGGUCCCCAGGACCAAGUUUGGUAAACGCUGGUAUGUACAUACCUCCUGAUACUGGAUAUAGGCCAGGACUCCAGCUACAAUCUCCAGCAAGAAGAUACAGAGUAGCAGGAAGAAAUACUGUGGGAGAGAUAGAGGGGGGGAGAGAGUAGCAGAAUAAAAUACUAUGGUGGGUGAGAACAGAGAGAGAGAGAACAGAGAGAGAGAACAGAGAGAACAGAGAGAGAGAGAACAGAGAGAGAGAA